CAGGGCCUGGGGCGCGCCGGCGCCCCCGCCGAGGCGCAGCUCGCCGGCCCGUGGCCGCGGGACAUCUUCUGCGGCAGGGGGCGGAGGCCGCCGCGGGCGGCCUGGCGACCGCCGGCGCGCUCCCCGAGCCCUUCGCCGUCGCGGUCGGACGUGGAGGCGGCGCUGGACGGCCUGCGCACGCCGCCCGGCGCGGCGGCCGAGGGGAGACGACCGGAGCAGGAGGGCACGCCGUGGCGGCCGGGGCACGCCGCGCAGGGCACGGGCUCGCCCGAGAGUGCCUCCUCGCGCGGCAGCGGGCUGGACACGCCGGCCACGCUCCUCGAGGCCCCCCGGCGACUCGGCCCCGCCGGUGAGGCGGCCGCUGGCUCGCUGGCCGCUGCGCGGGACCGCUUCAAGGUCUCCGUGAACGCCACGGCCCGCAGCAGCGAGUUCCAGAGGACGAAGCUUCUCGAAUUGGAUGCCAUCAACAAUUCACCGACACAGUGCAAGGACUUGGCGUGGACGUCGGACCUGUCGCGGGUGCCAGGCCUGCCACCACAGAGUCCGCCGUGGGCAGCAGCAGCAGCGCAGGGGCGCGACCAGCUGCACUCGCCUGUCAGCGACGAUCCCCGGGCGCAUCUGGACGCGGGGCGGCUGAUCGUUACGCAACCUUUCGCGCCGCCUCCGGGCCCCCAGAAAGCGCCGCCGCCGUCGACCGCCGGACGCCGGAGGGGAUCCACGGCCUCGGCCCUCGGCCCCCGCGGCCUCGACGGGGGCGCCGCUCCCCUGCGGUUGCCUCGCGUGGGCUUCUUCCGCUCCUCCCGCUGCUGCAGCUCCUCCUUGUCCUCCUUCCUCAACCGCGCGCGUGCCUCACCGCGGGGACGGGGACUCCUCCUCGGAUCGGAC